CGGGAGCGCCUGUUGGUAGAAGCGAUGUAACAGCGACUUGUACACGCACAUAGGUGUAGUACUGUAUAGUUCCGUCUUUAAACUAUAAUUACGGCGACACAGUACGACGAAGAACCUUGCUGAGAGCAGAUCGCUAUGGCGAACGUUCAAAUCCGAAAGCUUCAAGAGAAUGACGAAGGCGGAGCCCGGAAGUUUGUCUGUCAGGAGUUUUUCCGAUUGGAUCCUUUGAGCCGAGCAGUGAAUCUAGAUGCAGAAGUGGAUGGAAACUUAUGGCUGAAUGAAGCCUUCCCGUCAUUCCUAAGCGAUGGUGUCUCCAUGGUAGCCAUUGACACCAAAACAGGGGAAAUAAUUGGUAUCAGAUUUGCCGCCAUAGUCUACAAGGACAAACCAGAUGUCAUGCCGUUUUCCCUGGAUGAUCCAAAAACGAGAAGACUGGCAAGGCUUUUCGAAGGUCUAGGCAGCGUUCACGCCGGUGAAAAUAUCUUUGAGAAGUAUGGCGUGGAUAGAUACGCGAGUUUUCGAGGGCUUGGGGUGGCGGAGAAGUACCAGAAGCAGGGGAUUGCGUCUAGACUGGUUGAUGGUACACUCAACCUAAUUCAAGACAAAAACAUCCGACUAGUCAUUGCUGAGGCUUCCAGCCAGUUUUCUGGGCGAAUUUUUGAAAAGUUUGGAUUCAAAAAAGGCAAGCAAAAUAACUACGACUCGAUGGUCCUGGGUGGUUUACCUUUGGUCAUGACAGAGGAACUUGAAUACCACAAAGGAAUUGCUCAGUAUAUAAAGACAAUGUAAAAUUUCAAAGUUGAAUGGAUGGUCUUACAGAAUAAACUGUAAGAAAUCAUUCCAAAACAUACACAGGGUUCUGUCAUUUCUUAUGAUUUCGGCAUGGAAUUUCAGCGAAUGUGCCUGGUGUUUUAGCAGUGGGUUGACAGUCAGGUAACACUGUGAAUAUUUCGGUAUUGUGCUUCAUGUGUCCCACCUGUCGGUCAGAUAUUCGACACGUUCUGUCAACUUGUCGGCAUUGUGACUGGUGUCUUCGGCAUGGCGUUUUAAUGAGCUGAAAUCAUUAACGAUGUUGGAAUACUGCUGUGGAGAGAUUUCUUCUGGAAGAAGGCUAUGUGAGCUGACAUUCCAAUGCACAGGAGAGCAAUGUAGAGCUUAGGAUCUUACGACUAAAGGCAAUUUUGAUCGCGAGUACUGAUUUUACAGACAACUGACUACCAUAAUACAGGCCGCGGUCGUAUAAGUAAAAUAUUGUUGAGUACUGAGUGAAA